CACUUAUAGUGGAAAUCUUGUGGCUCUCCUCACAUUCCCUAAGAUUAUACAUCCGAUUGAGAAUCUCGAAGACUUGUUGUCAUAUAAAGGAUCCAUGAAAUGGGGUACCGAUAAGGGCGGUGCUAUGGAGGAGUUAAUACAGGGGGCGACUCACGGCCCCCUCAAACAGUUGGCCUCAAAUAUGGUGUACUUUGAUAACAGAACUAAUGAUCUCUACCGAAGAGUAAAGGACAGAGAACUCGCAUUCUUGGCCAGUGAUUCAGAGGUCCGGUAUCUCAUUACUCUCGACUACAACAACACCAAUACCUGUGAAAUGAUGAUCGCGAAGGAGCCGGUGUUCACCAGUUCUGUGUCUUUUGUAAUCAGAAAGGGACUGCCAAAGGGUUUUAGGGAAAGGCUGGACUACAAUCGGACGAAUGGCUAAAUCAGGACUUGUUAUUCAGUGGAAUAAUAAAUAUGAAGUCAAGGGGAAUGACUGCUUGUAUCCACUC